AUGCGGCGCAGCAUCAUAAAAACCCCUCAUUAUCAUUCUAUAUCCUCUCAUGCGUACCCGGAAUCAACCACCCAAAUGUGCAAUAUGUCGACCGCCAUUUGGAAUCCCGAUAUUAUUCUCCAAAUCAGCGACCCCUCAGGCCGAGGCAUGUUAUGCGUCGGUCUGGCGCGUCCCCACUCUCCCAGUGGACUCCGCGGUCGAUGUCGAUGUGAUGUCCCGUCUGCUAGGUAUAGGCAGAUCCUCUCUAUCUUAGACACUAUGUCCAGGACACCGCCUCAGUAUGUGACCAACAGGGAGCUUCGGUCUAUUGCUCGAUUGGGAUUGUGCGAUUGGCAUACUCACCAGGUGGAUGAGGUCGUGGCUAAUUGGGAGGAUAUCCUUGGAUGUGUCGAGAGUAUCAACGGGACGUACGAAGGACAACGAGAAGAAAUGAAUCAAGACUUGAAAGAACUGCAGGAAGACGUGGAUGAGUGUAGAAGAUUGCUUCUAGUCAAGGAGGAUUGUAAAGAUGCUCUUUCUGUGCUACUUCGUCGGCAUCUCAAUCGAAAUGCACGAUUGAAGAAGGAAUUAGUGGAGAGUCAAGCAACUUGUGCUCGGCUGCAGAAGGAUUUAGCGAGGGCCAAGGACCAAGUCGAGAAGAACCGUGGACUUUCUGCCGAGAACUCUCGUCUAUCAAAUUUACUCAAGAGAGCUGGAGAAGAACAAGAACGCUACAAGAACCAGGCAACCAACCUAAUUGCGGAAUGCGAGAAACUGCGCAUGCAGAGUGCGGAGUUACAGGCGGACGUCAACUCUGGGAAGGACAAGUAUAAAGAUUUGCAAGACAAGGAAGAGUCAGCAACUAGAGAGCUGAUCGCCGCGAGUACUGAACUGCAUGAAGCCCGGUCCGUCAAUCAGGGUUUGGAAAAUGAUAAGAAGGCCUUACAGUCCGAGAUCGACGUUCUCAAACGCGAGGUGAUCGAAUUGAAUGAUAACAAUACCUCCAUAUCCUCCCAGCUUGCAAGUACUGCAGCUUCUUUGCAGACAGUCACAAAGGAGCUGUCAGCCGCCCAUCAAACGAACACGGAGUUACGCAUUCGAAUCGACCGGCUAUCAACUCCAAUCUGGUACAGAUUGAUACAAUGGAUUAAGCAUAAAGUCGCGGGUCUUAUGAAUUUACGGAACGCUGGCAAAGAAGUCUCAGACGAGGAGGAGGAAAUGGCGCUGGCCCCAACCGGUUCACGCAGAGAUGCAGGACUGGCUUGA